GGGUUAAUAAAUAAAAUGGUGUGGUGGUGGUCGGGACGUGUUUGAGUGUUAUAAUCGUAAAUAACACGCCUGAUUGAGAUUCUACUCUCUCUCUCUCUCUAUGAUAAGAAGAGUGACUUGUGUUUCAAAGUCAUUCCCAUGUGCCUUGUCUCCGACAACUUUAUCUCUCUUCUUGCUCAUGCCUCUGGUUCACAUGGUACUUCUUCAAGAUUCACUAUUUUUUUAAGGGUUUUUCAUCUCAGAAAAAGUCAGCCGUCACAUAAGAUUCUAAACCCUCUCUCUCUUUCUUGAUCCUGUCAGAAAAAUUCUUGAUUAAAUGUUAAGGGUUCCUUACAAAUAGAGGGAUCAGGUGGAUCUGAGUUGCAAAAACUAUAUCUUAAGUCUUGACAUGAGCUUGAGCUUUUCUUGGAUAGUUGUAGAUGAGUCAUGUUUGAUUUUUUUUUUUGUACUUGUGGUUGUGCAGAUUAUUUAAGGUGUGAAUCAUAAACGUGACAAAAAAAAAUGUACAAGCAUCCAAGACAAGAGAUUGAGGCCUACUCUUUGCCUGCCAACUCUGUUGGGAAGCGUAGGUACGUACCGGUUCACAACUCACGUAAACGGUACUGCACGCCAGAGUCAUCAUCACCUGACUCUCCUGCUUACGAUGUUCUCUCAAACGCUACGGCCUUGGUAUCACAUAACAACUCUGCAUACGAGGAUACGUCUGGCUCUUGUGUGACGGAUGAUUUUAAUGACAAGAUAAAGGAACUCGAAACGGUGAUGAUGGGGCCUGACUCAUUGGACUUGGUCCUAGAUUACAACGACUCCUUUGAUUCCACGUCGUGUCAAGAGACUAAUACCUGGAGAUCAACUCUAGAGGCCGUCUCUAGACGUGACCUAAGAGCUGAUCUUGUUUCAUGUGCAAAAGCUAUGUCUGAAAACGAUCUUAUGAUGGCACGUUCGAUGAUGGAGAAGCUGCGUCUUAUGGUCUCCGUUUCUGGUGAGCCUAUUGAACGUUUGGGAGCUUACUUACUAGAAGGUCUAGUGGCUCAGUUAUCUUCAUCCGGUAGUUCCAUAUACAAAUCACUUAACCAGUGCCCUGAACCCGCAAGCACCGACCUGCUCUCUUACAUGCACAUCCUCUAUGAGGUUUGUCCUUACUUCAAGUUCGGAUACAUGUCAGCUAAUGGGGCCAUUGCUGAAGCCAUGAAGGAAGAAAACCGAGUUCACAUUAUUGAUUUCCAAAUAGGUCAAGGGAGUCAAUGGGUUACUCUUAUCCAGGCUUUUGCAGCUAGGCCCGGUGGGCCUCCUCGGAUACGGAUAACGGGUAUUGAUGAUACAACGUCAGCGUAUGCUCGUGGAGGUGGCUUAAACAUUGUAGGGAACAGACUCGCUAAGCUUGCUAAGCAGUUCAACGUUCCGUUUGAGUUUAACUCGGUGUCGGUGUCAGUGUCUGAGGUUAGACCUAAGAACCUCGGAGUCCGACCAGGGGAAGCUCUAGCCGUUAACUUUGCCUUUGUGCUUCAUCAUAUGCCUGACGAAAGCGUGAGCACCGAGAAUCACCGUGACCGGUUACUGAGAAUGGUGAAGAGCUUAUCUCCCAAAGUGGUGACUCUAGUGGAGCAAGAAUCAAACACAAACACGGCUGCUUUCUUCCCCAGGUUCAAAGAGACAAUGGACUACUAUGACGCCAUGUUCGAGUCAAUAGAUGUGACUCUCCCAAGGAAUCACAAACAGAGGAUUAACGUGGAGCAACAUUGUCUAGCAAGAGAUGUAGUGAACAUCAUCGCUUGUGAAGGAGCUGAUAGGGUGGAGCGGCACGAGCUCCUAGGGAAAUGGAGGUCACGGUUUGGGAUGGCUGGUUUCACUCCUUACCCGUUGAGUCCUCUUGUGAAUUCCACUAUUAGAAGUCUACUCAGGAACUAUUCGGACAAGUAUAGGCUGGAAGAAAGAGAUGGAGCCUUGUAUCUUGGUUGGAUGAGACGAGAUUUGGUCGCCUCGUGUGCAUGGAAAUGACACGGAGAUAAGUCUUUAUUGUAACCGUAAUCAAAGUGUGUCUACUUGUAUGCAGUUUCAGUUGCUCAUUUGAAUCUUCAAAAACAUUAGAAGAAUCUCAUGUCCGUCUACUUCUAGAAACCAUUGCAUGGCAGAACAUGUCUUGAAAUACUAGUUCAGGCAUUUUGUGUGGACACACAAUACAUCAGUAACAAUUUAUUUACUA